AUGAAUAUUGGCAUUCCACAGAAAUGGGACAAAUUAUCGCCGCGCGAGUUCUUGCAGCUGCAGGAGUUGGCCUCAUACUCCACCCGUAAGUUACAGGAUGUGCUGGAGGAGUUUUGUGCGCCCAAUCAGACGACGACAGCAGCAACAAAGCAAUGCAUACCAGAUGGGGACAUCGAUUUCGAUGGCUUUCGGCGUUUCUUGGACGCCUUUCUGGACUGCGAGACCCCUCUGGAUCUGGCCAAACAUUUGUUUGUGUCCUUCCUCAAGCCGAAUGUCACACAAGCACAACUGCACGGCAAAGCACUCAAUCAAAUGGCGGCCAUUAGCAGCACAGCGGCCUGUGCGCCUGUGACAUCCCACACCAAGGGCUCUAUACCGAACAUCAAUAGCAUUGCCGAACUGAUGCCGCAGUGCAACAACAAUGGUGCAGGCACUGCCCCAGAGGCACGCAGCAGCUUCGUGGACAAAAUUCAUGGCAUCACGGAUAAAUUACAGCACUCACUGGGCGGUCACUUGACGCAUGACCCGAGCAAGACCGGCAGUGUUCAUCCCAUGCUGACAGUAACACCCAGUCCACUGGCCAGCGGUCCAAGUAUGUUUCAGACCAACAAUGCUGCGCGUCGCUCUGUCGAUUCGAGUCCCUCGCACUCGCAAACCAACCACUCACAAAUGUCACGCAACUCGUCGAAGAAGAGCAACAAUUCGGUUAAUUGCAAAAUUGAUCCUGACAUUAAGCUCUUGGCGCGUAAACUCUCACAUUUUGAUCCAUUGACACUUAAGGUUGCGCUCAAGGAUGUCGUUUGUUAUUUAUCACUGCUCGAGGCUGGACGUCCGGAGGAUAAGCUUGAAUUUAUGUUCCGCUUGUAUGAUACGGAUAGCAACGGAGUACUGGACACAGCCGAAAUGGAUGCAAUUGUUAAUCAAAUGAUGGCCGUUGCCGAAUAUUUGGGCUGGGAUGUCAGCGAGUUGAGACCGAUCCUGCAAGAGAUGAUGGUUGAAAUCGACUACGAUGCCGAUGGCACCGUGUCCCUGGAUGAAUGGCAGAGGGGCGGCAUGACUACGAUUCCGCUACUAGUCCUGCUGGGUGUCGAUAGCACUACACUCAAGGAGGACGGCAUACACGUUUGGCGUUUGAAGCACUUCAGCAAACCGGCAUAUUGCAACCUCUGCCUCAACAUGCUCGUCGGCCUGGGCAAGAAGGGUCUAUGCUGUGUGUUAUGCAAAUACACAGUGCAUGAACGCUGCGUGCAACAUGCCCCCGCAUCCUGCAUUACUACGUACGUGAAAUCAAAAAAGCCCAAAUGCGGCAGCGAUUUAUUGCACCACUGGGUUGAAGGCAACUGCUACGGACGCUGUUCGAAGUGCCGCAAACGCAUUAAGGCGUACCACGGCAUCACGGGACUGACGUGUCGUUGGUGCCACAUGAUGUUACACAACCGCUGCGCCUCCUCGGUGAAGAAGGAAUGCACGCUGGGUGAGAAUGCAGAGUUGAUUGUGCCCCCCACGGCUAUAUGUCCGGCUGUGUUGGAUCGCCAGCGUUCGGUGAAUCAGGCGAACAAAGCCACACACUUCCAAAUCACGCCGCCGGACGAGCACAGCUGCCCACUCCUGGUGUUUGUGAAUCCGAAGAGUGGCGGCCGCCAGGGCGAUCGCAUAUUGCGCAAGUUUCAAUAUAUGCUGAAUCCGCGUCAGGUCUACGAUCUAUCCAAAGGUGGACCCAAAGAAGGACUCACGCUUUUUAAAGACCUGCCCAACUUCAAAGUCAUCUGUUGCGGCGGCGACGGCACUGUUGGAUGGGUGCUCGAGGCUAUGGACUCCAUCGAGCUGGCCACGCAACCCGCCAUUGGCGUGAUUCCGCUUGGCACGGGUAACGAUUUGGCGCGAUGCCUGCGCUGGGGCGGGGGCUACGAGGGCGAGAACAUUCCCAAACUUAUGGAGAAAAUAAAACGUGCCUCGACUGUGAUGCUGGAUCGCUGGAGUAUUGAGGUAACAAAUGCGGCGCCUGUUGACGAGCUGUUGCGACCAAAGGUAACCCUGCACUCAAAUAUGCAGAAGGUGAUUGAAUUGUCGCAAAGUGUUGUUGUCGACAAGUCGUUAAUCGAACGGUUCGAGCAAAUGCAGCGUCAAAACAUCAUGACCAGCAGCACCAGCAUGGGCAACAUGGCAACUGGCAAGCAUCCAGCAGCUACGGCAGUCUCCAGCUCAUCGAUUAUGAAUGCAUCGGAAUACACCCAGGAUAUGACGACAGCAACGACAGCAACAACAACAGCAAUGAGUUGCAGUACACGCACCACAACAACGAAGAGCAUUUCAAUGUCAACCUUUGAGUUGAAGCGUUCGCAGAAAACAACAUUGACAAAUACGUUGAGCGGCAGCAGUGCGAGCAGCGCCAGUGGCAGUGGCAAUGGAAGCAGCAGUUUAGUCACACAACAAUGCCAACAGCAACAGCAACAGGACGAUGCUAAGGACGCUGAGAUGGAGCAUGCAGACGUACAAGUGCCAUCCACGGCAGCAUCAGCAACAACAACUACAAUAGCAACAACAGAUGUAACAGAAAAGCAAUCACUUGAGACGCUUUUGCUGCAACACAAGCAGCAGCUGCAUCAACAACGACAACAGCAACAGCAAGAGCAACAAGAGGAGCAGGCACAGGAGCAGGAUAAGCAAGAAGCAGAACAAAAAUCAGCAGCCGGCAAAUCGGAAGUUGUAGAGGAAACAACUGCGUUUGGGAAUAAUCAAAGGGAUAAUAAUAGUCAGUGCAAUAAAGAGAACAACAUCGCUAAACAGCAAAUUACAUUGUCAUUGGAUUUGUCAGAUGACUGCAGAACACAACCACCAGCAAUGAUGUCCAACAAUAGCAACAACAACAACCACAACAGCAACACCAACAACAACGGCAACAACAGUAUUCCACAAACACCCCUAACGCCAAGUUUAGAAAACCAAGGGCGUACAACAACGCCCACAGCAGUAUCACAGCAGCAGCAGCAACAACAACAACAACAACAACAGCCAAAACCCAUUAAAGUGCAGUCAGACAAGGACUGCACAGUACCCUACAAUAUUAUCAAUAAUUACUUUUCCGUUGGCGUGGAUGCCGCCAUUUGCGUCAAAUUUCAUCUGGAGCGGGAGAAAAAUCCGCAUAAAUUCAAUAGUCGAAUGAAGAACAAACUUUGGUAUUUCGAGUACGCAACGUCAGAAACAUUUGCUGCAUCCUGCAAAAAUUUGCACGAAAACAUUGACAUAGAGUGCGACGGCGUUGCUUUGGAUUUGGCGAAUGGGCCGCAUUUGCAAGGCAUUGCGCUCUUGAAUAUACCCUACACGCAUGGCGGCUCAAAUUUAUGGGGCGAGCAUUUAUCCCAGAAGCGCAUUCGUAAAAGCACUGGACCCUUCGCCAAAAGCAAAAAGCUUAAGUCGAGCGAUAAGGAACUCUCAGCCACUAGCUUUACAUCCGUGGAUCUAUCCGUGGCCAUACAGGACAUUGGAGAUCGAUUGAUCGAGGUUAUUGGGCUAGAGAACUGCCUACACAUGGGCCAAGUGCGAACGGGAUUACGUGCCUCUGGUCGCCGCCUGGCUCAGUGCAGUGAAGUAAUCAUUAAAACGAAGAAAACAUUUCCCAUGCAAAUCGAUGGGGAGCCAUGGAUGCAAGUUCCGUGCACGAUCAAGGUAACACACAAAAAUCAAGUUCCUAUGUUAAUGGCACCGCGUUCCGAGAAAGGACGUGGUUUCUUCAAUAUGCUCUGUAGCUGAUUUAGGCGCAGCGCAUCGACGGACUUCAUUCGCAGUCGGCAGGAGGAGCAAAUCGAAUACGAACUGGCUGCGGAUUAUUCCGCGGAUGAGUUGGAUGAUGAGUUUCAAAUAACUAGAAGCACCACCGUCCAUAAUUUAGCUUAGUGUAUUUAA